GGGGGCGCUGCUCCCGUGGCUGUGCUCCCGUCACGGAUCUCCCUGAGGGGCCAUGGCGGGGCCGCGGGCGGCGGCCGUGGAAGCGCUGGUGCGGGAGCUGCUGAGGGAAGAAGCGCCGUCGCGCAUCGCCGCCCUCACGGAGGAGCUGUUCCAGGCGGCGGAGAGCAUCUCUGAAGAGGACGGGAAGGUGGCGGAGGGAGAGCCCCCCGCUCCCAGCCCGUCUGACGAAACGGGGGGUGCAUGUGCUCCACACCCCACAGCCCUGGCACAGGUUGAAGAGAGUGCAGUCAGCUUGUGGAACUGGACAGUGACCAAACACACGGGUGCUGUUAUCAGUGAUGAGCAAAGAGCCAAAUUGCGGUUUGUUGCCUGCAGACUGAUUUGCCUUUGUGAGGGCAGCGAUCCUCCGGAGGGAACUAUUCGAAGACAGAUUUUGAUGUCUAUGAAAACUGGGAAAGGAUGGAUAGAUAUUGGAAAAGCUGGUCUUGCAGAUGGAUUUCUAGAGAAUGCCAUGAAUAGUAUAGAAAAGCUGUAUGCCAAGUUACGGAAGGGGAGCGAGGGUGAAACAGAUAUUCAAGUGCACAGAGCUGAUGUGGAGAAGAGCCUUUUCAAAGUACUCUCUUACCAAGCUGAAUCAGCAGUUGCUCAAGGGGAUUUUCAGAAAGCGGUGAUGUGUGUGCAGCGCUGCAAAGAUAUGUUGAUGAAAUUGCCAAAAGAAACCUGUUACCUGUCAAUCCUCUGUUACAAUUUUGGAGUGGAAACCUAUGAAUGGAAGAGAUAUGAACAGAGCUCCUUCUGGCUCAGCCAGAGUUAUGACAUUGGGAAGAUGGACAUGAAAUAUUCUGUUGGCAAAGAAAUGCAGGCUAAAGUGCUGCGACUGUUAGCCACAACCUAUUAUGAGUGGGAUUGCAGCCUGUACCUGGACAAGGCAUUGAAAGCCAUAAGCUUGGCAAAUCAGGAGAAUUUGCACCCAGCAGGGUUUUUUUUGAAAGUUAAAAUUCUUCUUAAAAGUGGAGCAUCAGAUGAAGAUAUCAACUCAGCUCUUGCAGAAUUCACACACCUUGAGAUGUCUUUAGACUUCUGUUUGAAUACUGCCAAACUGCUGCUGGAGCAUGGAAGGGAAUCAGUUGGUUUUGAUUUUCUGAAAUCUGUUCCUGAACGAUUUGAAUCUUCACCUGACCUUGGAAAAAUUACCCUGCUCCACAUCGAGUUCCUGCUGCAGAAUAAGAGGGAGCUGCUCGCUAAGCAAAAGAUUGAAGAAGUUAUUAUAGGUCAUUAUACUGGCAAACAGCUGUUGCCUGAAGCUUUGAAUCAGCUGCACAUCAUCUUGUGGGACAGAGCUGCCAAACAUUAUGAGGAGAAAAGAUAUUCUGAAGCCCUUCACUGGUACAAUUAUUCUGUCAGCUUCUAUACACCUGGGCAGAUAGAUCAGAACUUGGCUAAGCUGCAGAGGAACAUGGCUUCUUGCUAUCUUCACCUGAAACAAGUUGACAAAGCUAAAGAGGCAGUUAAACAAGCAGAAAGGUGUGAUCCAAGCAGCAUCUUUACUAAAUUCAGUGUCUAUAAGAUUGCAGUGUUGGAGAACGAUACUGAUAAAGUGGGAUUUAGUUUUUUUUAGCACACAAUAUGUAAGAGGCAGAGUCCAUUGCUAUAUUUGGUUUUGUUUGGAUGGAGCCUCUGUCUAGGGAGGAUAAUCCUCCCAUGGACAGAAGCUCUAGUAACAUCCCAGGCUAUGGAAGCUGUUAUUGAAAUGGGGAAACUAGCAGAAAAGCCAUCAGAACAUGAAGACAAGCUGAGAGUGGAUAAAAAUACAGGCAGCAACCUCUUGAGUUUAGCUGCCCAAAUUGCUUUAGAGAAUGACCAACAAAUUGUGGCUAUCAAAGCUUUGGAGUAUUUGUCUGAACAUUUACAAGACUGCCGACAGUUAUUUACAUCCUUGAAAUGUUUGGUCCGUCUGAUGUUAUCAAAAAUCAUGGCAGAAAAUGCAGAGAAAAGAGAUGAAGAUAUCAACUCCAUACUGACUUACUUGAACUUGGCUCAUAAGAAGCUUGCUGAGUCUUUCACAGAAGAGAAAUUUACAGGGGACAUGAGGAUCCUUGAAGCUCACUGGUUUAGAAAAGUUGCUUGGAACUUAGCUGUACAGUUCAAAGACAGCCCUGAAAAGAUGAGGGAUUUUUUUGUACUGUCUUUCAAGUUGUCCCAGUUUUGUCCCUCUGACAAAGCUGUUCUAAUUGCUCAGAAGACAUGCCUGCUAAUGGCAGCUGCAGUUGAUCUGGAAAUGGGGAGACAACAAGUAACACCUUCAGAACAGGCGGAGCUUUUUAGUCAAGCCCUUCAACAUCUUCAGACAUGCAAGGAGAUAUGGAAGGUGCUGAAAUUAACAGGAGAUUUUGCUAAAGACCCAACAGACACGUUGUUGCUGCUUUAUGAAUUUGAAGCAAGAUCCAAACUGAAUGAUCCAACACUUCACAAUCUUAUGGAGUCAGUUUGGGAGCAACCGCAAAUAGAGAUCAAGACACUUGAAAUCAUUGCAUCAUUAGCAAUGGAACCUCCAGCUCGGUAUCCUGUACUGUGUAAGAAAGCUCUCAAGAGUGCACUAAACCUUCACAGAAAGCAGGCUGUCAUUGAUGCUGUGAAAUUUAGCAAAUGCUUACACAGUUUGAUUAACAUCUCUUUGCCAACUGGAUUGACAGACUUGGAUACCUGUGUGCUGCAGGAGGUGUGGGACUACUUUGAAGAUGCUCUGAGUGUAGUCAGCAGCACAGAUGCUUACCCAGAGAUGGAGAUCCUUUGGUUGAUGACAAGAGCCUGGAAUACAGGAAUAUUUCAGUAUACUGUUGGUAAAUACAAGGAAGCUGAGCAGUGGUGUGGAUUGGGAAUGCGUUUCCUCAAUCACUUAGGCUCUCUGAAGAAGACCUAUGAAGGCCAUAUGGUUGGCCUUUAUAGUGAGGUGCUGGACAAGCUGGACAGAGCGAAAGGAUUUAUUCCAAAUGAAGAAUAAUGUCAGCCACAACUACAAAAAAAGGAAAGCAGUCUCUCUUGGAAGUGUUCUGCUGAAUGAGAGGCUGUUAGCUCUGUGAAGGCACAGGGCCAUGGGAGCAGUGGGAAAGAA